ACUGAGAGGCCACGAAACGAAAAUACGAUCCUCCAAAUCCAUCAUCAUCAUCCUCGUCGUCCACAGGAGCUUCAUUCCGAUCUGUGAGACCUCUCUUUUGUUAUUAUUAUAUCGCAUUUGUUCUGAAACGUGUAAUUUCUCGUGGCUUUGGGGAUCAUUCAGGAUCAGACAUGGCUUUCCUUGUGACAUCGUUAAUAUUCGCUGUGGUCGGCAUCAUUGCUUCGAUUUUCACAAGAAUCUGCUUCAACCAAGGCCCCUCCACCAAUCUGCUACAUUUUACUUUGGUCAUUACAGCCACUGUCUGCUGUUGGUUGAUGUGGGCAAUUGUAUACAUUGCGCAGAUGAAGCCUCUCAUUGUCCCAAUCCUAAGCGAGGUUGAGUAGAAACCAUCUCUACUCACACUAGGCAACCCAAUGCACGGAUUUGGUUGUCUGCUUGUUCUUUCUGUGUUUCCCUCUUCAAUCAUAUCGGUUUUCCUUUCCCUUUUGUAAUUUUUACAGCUGUGGAACAAACAAUACGUUUGCCUCUUCUUCACUGUCACAUCUCGUCUCUCAUUCAUUUAUAUAACAGUCUGCAUAGACUGCCACAGAGUUCAGUCUGUAUUAUUUGUUGAUGAAAUAAAAAUCUUUGGAGGAAUA